AUCGGAGCAACUCCAAGUUACCAUCGCCCGGUACGGGACGACCAUAGCACUCACUGAGGUUCAGAACUUGAAAUCAACACGACGACUGAAAACCAAACCCAAGCAGCUCGACAAUGAGCACCAAUACCUCGACCCCUCCAAUCCAAACCCCCCAAAAAGCUGAAGCCACCGCCUUCCUCCAGUCGCUCCUCAACAAGAACCUCCGCGUGACCACAACCGACAACCGCAUGUUCUGGGGCGCCUUCAAGUGCACCGACUCCGAGAGUAACAUCGUGCUCGAGCACACCUACGAGUACCGCCACCCCACGCCGCGGGAGAUACUCUCCCAGGCUGCUGCGCUAUCAUCACCAUCACCGUCAACACCAACAACAACAACAGCAGCAGCAGCAGCAACAGCAUCAUCAUCGUCGUCCUCAUCAGCAGCAGCGCAAGCAGCAACAGCAGCAGACGGCGGAGGAAGUGAUCGUGAUGGCCGUGGGGGAACGGGAACGGAAACGGGCAGCAGCAGCAGCAGCGCAGGGACGGUCACGCUGGAGAUGACGUCGCGGUACCUGGGCCUGGUGGUGGUUCCCGGGAAGCACAUCGUGCGGAUCGAGGCCGAGGAGUUUGCGAGCCAGCUGCGGGGGCGGCAGGGCGGGGCUGGGGAGCGCCAGGGGCGCGGGGGGGUGUUCGGGACGGCUGGGGGGGAGGGUGUUCGGGUUAGCUGAGUGCUGCGUAUGUAUUCCGUAGGGGAAACGAAGGAGGGUCCGUUUGGCUGGUUGGUGAUGGACGGCGGUUGGAAAGUGGAUUGGAUUCGUUGGAGUCGCUGACGGCAUGGCGAUCACUGUGGAAGGAAUGCGGCCGGAGCGCCGAAAAGGGGGUAGAGGCCUUGAGCAUCCAAAGAAUGGUAGAUGUACCGAGGGAUUCUUCGCUAACCUAUAAUACACCAAAAAAAGGGCUUCCCUUGGUUUGAUGAGCGCCUG